AUAAUUAAUUUGAUUUUCUUCAUUUUCAGAUGGUACUUUUUGGAAUUUAUCAAACCGAGUGUUCCCCAUCAUUUUAUAAUCCAUAUUACAGAACUUAUCCAUAUGUACAGUCUUCCUAUCAAUAUAACAUUCCAGAAGUCAUCCCUCAAGCGAUACCACCUCCACAAACCUUUUACGAAAACGUUCCAAUUUUACCACCUCCAUCACUUUUACCACCCUUAAAUAUCUUGGCGGAAUCGCCAUCGUCGAUAUCAACAUCUUUCACCGUUGUACCGAUGGUUUUGGUUGCAAAAGAAAAUAUGAACAUGAUUUCGGAGGGUAAAAUAAUGAAAAUUUCGAAAGAAAAACCUGAGAUGACUUUGAAAAUUAAUAAAACUUCAAAUUUAUUGCAAGCAACUCCGGCUGUAAAAAUCUCUUUGGAUCAACCGAUUUUGGUUUAUUCGGUUCGUUCGGAAAUUCUUUUCCCUUCAAAUAUCGAAAUCGUGCAUCAAGGUUAUAAAUUACCAAUUAGAAUUGGAAGUAUAAUCGCUCCCGUUGAUUACCAUGCUUUUAUUAAUAAUUAUAAUCAAGGACCUAUACAGCUAAACGAAGUUUUUGCGGUCCCUGCUGAACCCGUAAAAAUCGAUUACGUUAAUAACGAUAAAGGUGUUAUUAUUAAACCGGAGGAUGAUGCGGUUAUUAUUGAGAAUAAUUCAAAUUUAUUAACACCAUCCAAAAAUGUUACCGUUUUAAUCUUUCCAACUAAAGAGGAUGAACCACUAUUAAUUCCUGACGAAGAAGAUGACGAAUUAGUGAACAGAAAUCCUCCGAUAGUUCUUGCUCCUGGUGGAAUUUCAGCUUCCCUUCAACCAACAAUUGUGGAAAGUCCGUUUGAGAAUUCUAAAGAAUCAUUUAUUUUACAACAAUUAAGAGAAGAAGCUUUGAAACGAUAUUAAAAAGAUCUAUUCAACAACGUUUAAAAUUAAAUCAUUUAAAUUAAAUCGUUCAGAAAAGUGAGAGGUAAUUGAGUGAUUGAACUCGAGUAAACUUCUUUAAUUUUUAAAUCGUGCGUGGGAUGUGUUGAUCGGAAAACCUGUUUGCUUCUCUGAAAACGACGCGAUGAUAAAUUAUUUUAUAAACUGAUGAUUGAAUUAAAGCUGCUUUUUAUCAAUUAA